AUGCGUCUCCUCAGGCUGUGGGUUGGAAGAGCAGCGUCCCGGCUGUCGCUGCCGCCCACCAGCUACCCCGCCGGGGGCUGCGGGCAGAGCAUCCGAAGCGCUUUCUGUGGGCGCAGCAGCAUAGCUGGCUUCAUAAAUUCUGUCGCAAGGAGCAAUAAUCAAUACUUCAUGGAAGAACUCAAAAGGCUCCAGCACACCUUGGAACAGGUCAAUGAUGGCAAAGACUUGCUUCAAAGCCAUCAGCUUGCCAUGGAUGAAGAAAAUAAUAUUGAAAAAUAUCAUAUCAGCUUACAGCCCUUGGAAUCAAAAGUGAAAAUCAUCCAGCGAGCAUGGCGUGAGUACCUGCAGCGCCAGGACCUGCCACAGCACGAGCAGCUGGACAAGCGCAGUCCCUCCCCACCAUCCCUCUCCUCGGACAAGAUGAGCAGGUCCAUCAGCAUGAACACCUUUUCCGACAGCAGCUCACCGGUGAGUACAGCAUCAGCACCCAUUUCCCUAUUUGUCGCUUUUUGUUGGAUUCCUCUCUAG